CAACAUCAUUUUCUUGAUAGAUCUUACACCAAGUUAGUUUAGUUGCGCGGGUUUCCUGUGGUUGUUGGCGUCGACAAGGAACAAGAUGGCGGCAGGUAAAACAGAGGAGUCAAGAGACACUGCUGGUCAAAAGAACCUUUCACAAGCAAGCAAUCUGUGUUGUUACUCUCAACGAGUGUGCAACUUAGAAAAACUCAAAGGAUUUGACUUCUGUCACAAGCAUAUCUUAGAAGACAAAGCCAGCCCAUUCAAACCAUGUGAUUUUUAUGCCAAGUCUAAUGACAGACGAUGUAUGAAUCCUGCACCAAAACUGUUUGAUAAAGAAAAGAGUUACUGCAUAAUUCACACAAGAAAAGCUGAGCUUCGUAGGGCAGUAGAAAAGCGUAGAAAGAAGAGAGCAAGAGAUAGCACUACUGUAGAAGAGGAUGAAGAUGAAAGCACAGCAAUGAAGAGAAAGAGAACAUCAAGUACUGCUUCACAAAAAAGUGUUGAUGACUCACACAAAGAUGACGAAUGCCAUUCAUCAGAUGAUGAGCUGAGCAUGGAUCUGGGUAUUGGUGGGUCCUUGAAAGUAGACAGUGCUUGGCAUGGCGACGUUGAUAGUGAUGCUGAAUCAGUAGACAGUGAAGAAGAAGAUGCUCUUAGACAUGCUGGAGUGUGGACACUAGAUGAAGCCUCCAAAAUGUGCUAUGAAAAGAUGAUGAGGUUGAAAUCUCUCUACGUUGCACAAUAUAAAAGGCUCUUUCAUGUGAUGAAAGAGAAAAGAAGAAAGUAUUUGCAAGUUAUUCAAGCAGAACAAGAAAAUGAAUCUAUUGCAAGUCAUCUCAGUCCWUCCGAGGUACUAAGAUCCCCUGCUCAUCGCAAGCGACAUGGAGUAGAAGCUAUUCUUCACAGACAAGCAAAAGAAAAACGUCAUGGAGGGAGUGCCAGACAUCAAAGCACAUCACAUCAGAGGUGUACUCAUGUUGGUGAUGGCCUGAGAUGCCCAAACAGAAUCCUCCCACUAACGAAAUAUUGCAUUCAUCAUAUCAGUCAUGACCCAAAUCAGAUAUUAUUCCAGAGUUGUUCAUUCAAGACAGGAGACCAGAAGACAUGUAAUAAUAUGGUCCCAAAGAUUUACCCAUUCUCUACAUGUCAACUACAUGUUACACUUCCCCCUGAAGCAAGCAGAACAGACGUCAAGAAAGAUUUAGAUGAAGCAAAGAAAAGAGACCAAGAAAAGGAGGCAUCAGAAGAGGAAAAAAGAAGAAAAGCAGUUGCAUCUGUAGUAAUUGACACCAUUCCUCCAUUACACCAAGUGACAGAUAAACACCUGCCAAUGCCUAAAGCACUUCAGCAAAAAUCCAGUGCUCUGAUUCCACCUCUAGCACCAGUAACCAAGGAAACGACCGGCUCCCAUGAAACACUCCCAACAAUUAAGGUAUCUUCAGAAGCUCUGUUGCAUACAAAACCAUCCAUUUUAAAAAUAGAGAAAAUGGCAGAUGAUUCCUUGGGUUUAGAGGGAUCAUUACCAAAAAGCAGAGCAUCUUCGGAUUCUACUCCAAUGGAAGUCCUGAGUCCUGCUUCAGCCGACUCGCCUGCUGGUGUCCAGAACAUUUCACCUACUCUCCUUGCAGCAAGUUUAGCAGCUGUGUGUAGUGAUGCUCCCAUUGCAACAGUUACAUCGCCUCUAGCCACAACGUCCUCACCAAGUGAUCCUGCCGUUUCUAUCUAUUCUGAUUCUAAACUUCCGCCAGUGGGUAAUGUUAGUGCACCGGUAACAGCUGUUGCAUCUAGCACAACAACAUCGUGUACUUCAACCAUUUCUACUUCAAGUGCUAUGAAUGAUCCAUCAACUCUUAGUACUUCAGCACCCAGUGGAUUGACGUCCUUGACUCCUAGUGAGAGCAAGGCUCUUAAAGGUUCUUUGGAUACAGCAAUUCCUACCAAAAGUGAUUCAAAACCAACAUCUGGUGAUGUUAAAAGUAAAGUUGAUUCUGUGUCAGAAAAGUCCUCGAUUGACACCACUGUUUCUAGUAAUAGCAAGUCCCAAGGAAGUAGUAUUACCAGCACAGUGCCGAACACUGAAUCAAGCAGUAGUACAAGUACUAUUGCUGUCACAGUGUCAAACAUUAGUGAAGCUGAUAACACAAAUAUGACACUGAACACUAGCAAGUCUGAAUCUAGCAGUAUGAAGAUUGAUUCUCUUGGAACAAAUUCUGAUACAGCAAAUACUGAUUCAAUGGAAAAAGCAGCAGCAACGAGCAGUGUUACCAAUGCUGCAAAGGUUUUAGUUGCUGUGGCAGACCAAAAUAUGAUUAUGACGACAACUGCUACUGCUAAUGUAUCCAAUUCAUCUGUUUCUGUAUCAGAGUCUUUACCUGCAACCACACCCAAGAACAACUAGGGUGUUGGCGCAUUAUCUGGUAAACCGGAGGUCAUUUCUCAGCUCAAUAAACAGGAUGCAUUGUGGUCUAGAUUCCACAAUGCACCAUGUUCCCUAUCUCAGAAAAGAUAUAUUAGCACAGUAGAUUCCCAAAGAAAUAAAGUUCUAAGAAAAUGUGGCCAGCUGUUCAUGCCCCACAUUUUCACAUGUAAUGCAUGUCCAUUCUUGCUGAUAAAGAAUUUUAUAGUGCAAAAUGGAGAACAAAAACAUUUUCUUGUCAAAAA